AGAGUCGGUAUCCGCGCCUAUAACCCCCGGGUCGUUACACUAGGAUUGUUUUGGUUGGCAUUGGACCGGACCAGACCAGAAAACAUCACACACGGACCACAAAGCAUUGUACAGAAGAACUCACACAUUGUAACAGCGACCUCAAAUAGAUACUUUGUACAUACUCCAUUCAAAGACGUGUCAUGCACUGGGGGCGCAUUCAUUACGUCGAUUCUGUUGUAAAAAAAAAAAAAUAUAUUAAACGGAAGCAACCCGAACGAAACGGGAAGGGACAUACCUGCAUUUCUCAAAUUGAAAGUGUGUCGUUUUUUAACGUGUUAGUUGCACAAACGUUUUAUUUUGCAACUGUUUGGGACUAAUGAUUACACUCCGGAUGUGUGGUCUUUGCCGACGUCAUUUCUGUGCGACGUUGUUUGUCGCGCCACUUCGCGCUCAGACGGAGGGUUUGGUAAAGGCGGAACAUCAAGUGGUGUAUGUAUAGGUGUGUCUGUGGACGGUAGUGUAUCAGCUGCAGCAUGGAGUCUGUGCCAGAGCCCAGGUCUGUCAGACGUUCCCCUCGCACGUCAAAUUCGCCGGACCACAACGCAGCCAAAAAGGAGAGCGUCAAGACCCGGAAGAAGACGAGCAACCUGCAGGAGACUCGGAGGAGAGGAAGAAUGGACAGAAGUAAAGGAGAGGAGGACAUAGCCAAUCAACUGAACAACCUGGAUCUAUGUAACGAGGCUUCAGCCACAGGGACUGGUCUGGUGUUUGACAGCAUGUUCACACACCAUCGCUGUCUCUGGGAUCCCAGUCACCCAGAAUGCCCAGAGAGAGUGAGCACUGUAAUGGACAUGGUGGAGAAACAGGGACUGCUGUCUCGCUGUGUUACAGUGGAGGCGAGGGCUGCGUCUAACGAAGAGCUGCACUUAGUUCACACGAAGGAGUAUGUAGAUCUGAUGAGGUCCACUCAGCUUAUGGACGAAGACCAGCUGAAGACGCUGGCUGACUCCUAUGACUCGGUCUACAUCCACCCUGAGUCAUAUACGUGUGCCAGUCUGGCUGUGGGCUCUGUUCUGCAGCUGGUUGAUAAGGUCAUGACCUCAGAGCUCCGGAAUGGAUUCUCUGUUGCUAGACCUCCAGGUCACCACGCCCAGGUCGACCAGAUGAAUGGUUACUGUAUGUUCAAUAAUCUGGCCAUCGCAGCGCGCUACGCACAGACACGCCAUCGAGUGGAACGAGUUCUGAUAGUGGACUGGGAUGUGCAUCACGGCCAGGGGAUCCAGUACAUUUUCCAGGAGGAUCCCAGCGUUCUGUACUUCUCAGUCCACAGAUAUGAGGAGGGUUUGUUCUGGCCCCAUCUGCCCGCGUCAGACAGCAGUGCUGUGGGCACCGGUUCUGGGGAGGGAUACAACAUCAACCUGCCCUGGAAUAAGAUUGGAAUGAAAGAUGCAGACUACGUUGCCGCAUUCCAGCAGCUUCUUUUGCCUGUAGCCUACGAGUUCCAGCCUCAGCUUGUCCUGGUGGCAGCAGGCUUCGACUCUGUGAUAGGUGAUCCCAAGGGAGAGAUGUCUGCCAGUCCUCAGUGUUUCUCUGUUCUGACUCACAUGCUGCUGGGCCUGGCUCAGGGGAAGUUGCUGUUGGUUCUCGAGGGAGGAUAUAACCUACAGUCCACCGCAGAAGGGGUAUGUGCCUGUCUGAGGUCACUAUUGGGGGAGUCCUGCCCCCGCUUGGGGUCACCAUCCAUCCCGAGUGACAGUGCCCUGAAAUCCAUCUCCAGGUCUAUCUCUGCUCUGUACCCUUACUGGACCAGUCUGCAGGUACUGGAGGGAGGGCCUCUAUCAGACAGCGACCCCCUGAACCCAGUCCUGACCCCAGCAGAGAGCAGUAUGGAGUUAGGUGAAGAGGUCUGUGAGGAGAGAGGAGACAGCCUGGACCUGACCACGGGCCUGGUGUACGACCAGAGGAUGAUGGAACAUCACAACAUGUGGGACAGCCACCACCCAGAGCUUCCCCAGAGGAUCCAGCGUAUCUUCUCCCGUCAUGACGACCUGGGCUUGGUGUCCCGUUGCCUGAGGAUACCGGCUCGACUUGCCUUAGAGGAGGAGCUGGCUCUGUGCCACAGCUUGGAGCACAUAGCCAAGAUCAAGGCCACAGAGGGGAUGAAGACGAGGGACCUUCACAGACUGGGAGAUGAGUACAACUCUAUCUUCAUCAGUACUGAGAGCUACAGGAGCGCCCGGUUGGCCGCUGGGGCCUGCUUUAAUGCAGUACAGGCUGUUCUGACGGGACAGGUCCGUAAUGGCGUGGCCAUCGUGCGCCCCCCUGGUCACCAUGCCGAGAAGGACGCUGCCUGUGGGUUCUGUUUCUUCAACACCGCCUCCCUGACUGCCCGAUACGCCCAGUCCAUCUCCCAGAAGCCCCUGCGGGUCCUCAUCCUGGACUGGGAUGUUCACCAUGGCAACGGAACACAGCACAUCUUCGAAGAGGAUGACAGUGUCCUCUACAUCUCCCUGCAUCGCUACGAGGAUGGGACCUUCUUCCCUACUUCCGAGGACGCUCACUACAACAGAGUGGGCGAGGGGAAGGGAGCAGGGUUCAACGUCAACAUCCCCUGGAAUGGAGCCAAGAUGGGCGACGCGGAGUACCUUGCAGCUUUCCACUCAGUGGUCAUGCCCAUCGCUAGAGAGUUUGACCCGGGCCUGGUUCUGGUAUCGGCAGGGUUUGAUGCAGCCAGGGGGGACCCUCUAGGAGGUUACCACGUGACCCCCCCGGGCUAUGCCCACCUCACCCACCUCCUGAUGGGCCUGGCAGGCGGCAGAGUAUUGGUCAUCCUGGAGGGUGGUUAUAACCUGACUGCCAUUUCGGAGUCUAUGUCUGCCUGCACCAGCAUUCUCCUGGGAGACCCCGCUCUGCCCCUGCCUCCCUUGCCCGCACCUCACCCCAACGCAGCAGUCAGCAUCAACAAGGUCAUACGCACCCACUCCGCCUAUUGGCUGUCCCUCAGGAUACAGCUACCAGAGUCUCUCCGUCUGUCUCUGCCAAACCCCAAACCCCGAGGGAAGAGGACUUCUAAGGGCAAGAAGUCUCCCAGACAGGGUAACCAGGGCGGGGCCAGCCCUGGUCAGGGGUCACCUCAGACCACACCUCAGACCACAUCUCAGACCACACCUCUGCCCUCUGGUGAUCGGGGCGACCUUGACCUGGAUGACCUCACAAAGGGACUGGUGUCACUCGACCUAAACCAAAGUACCUCAGCCAAUCCCAGCCCAGCGUCCGUCUCUGUGGGUGGAGCCAGGUCGAAGGUGAGGCUCAGUCCUAUGAAGAGCCCAGUUGUUAAAGAGGUUAAGACGGAAGCUGUUCCAAAUACGCCCGAGAUUCUCCAACCAACGCCUGACGAGACAGAGACGCCGGCGGUCGCCAUGGCUACCUCAGACCCAGUUACCAAGGGAGACCAGGAGAGCGGUGCGGUGGAAGGGGCGUCUGGUUGCUCCAAGGAGCCGGUGUUUGAGCUGUUCUGUGGAAACCAGGAUGUGGACGGGAGCUCUAUGUACGUGGUGGAUCCCCUGUCCUGGUGCCCCCACCUAGACUCAGUGAGGCCUGUUCCUGUUGGAGGUAUAGAUGUGUUUCGGCCCUGUGAGGACUGUGGAACCGACACUGAGAACUGGAUCUGUCUCUGCUGCUACAAGGUGUACUGUGGUCGCUAUGUCAACCAGCACAUGUUAACCCACGGCGUGGUGUCAGAACACCGGCUGGUGCUGAGCUUCGCUGACCUGUCGGUCUGGUGUUACUCCUGUCAGGCCUACGUCCACAACCAGAUGGUGUUUGAAGCCAAGAACGCUGCCCACUGUAUGAAGUUUGGAGAGGACAUGCCCCUCUCUAACUGAAGCCAUGAGAGAGAGAGAGAGAGAGAGAGAGAGAGAGAGAGAGAGAGGACAUGCAGUGACAACAACACGGAGGGAGGGGGAGAGAGAGAGGACAUGCCCCUCUCUAACUGAAGCCAUACAUGGACGACGACACGCAGAGAGAGAGAGAGAGAGAGAGGACACGGAACAUAUGUUGUUGUGAAAGCAAAAUAUAAAAGACUACUGUUCUGGUCUCGGUGCUAUUGUUAGUGCCUCUGCUUGCUUGGCAGACAUGACUGUGCCUUUAAAUCUCUCUUUAUAUUCUCACUUGUCUGUCUGUCUUUGUCACUCUCGCUCUCUCCCUCUCUUUCUCACCGUGUGUCUCUCUGCCUUUCUCUCUCCUUUUUCUCUCUCUCCUUU